AUGGGCGGCGGCGGAAAGAUCUACUACCCCAAGGAAGUCUGGUCUCCUGCUGGAGGCUGGUACGCUCAGCCGGCGAACUGGAAAGCCAACACGGCCAUCAUGGGUGCUAUGGUGAUUGGAAUUGCGGCGGUUACCUGGAGCAUCAGUGCGGACCGCGAACACCGCGACCGGUUCCCGGAGCCUGGCCGGUUCUUCCCUAGCCGAUACUGGAGCAGGGAGAUCCGUGAACACGAAAAAGCACAGGCCGCCAAGAACGAGUCAUAG